AGCAAUUGUUCCUAGAUAAACGCGACGAAAUCCGACUCUCACGAUAUAAGGGGUGUUCCAUGUUCUCGAACGAAACAACGGCGCAAAGACACGAAAUUGUAACUUCGAUGAAGUUCAGUUGGAUAGAACAUAUGGUUUUCUUCACUUUGCUCAUCGCUUCCCUCGCCAUCGGAGUGUACUACGGCUUCAAACCGAAGAAGAAAGAAGAAACUGUCGAUGAUUACAUGCUGGGCGGUCGCAAAAUGCCUAUAAUACCAGUGGCCAUGUCCCUCGUUGUAAGUUUUGUUUCGGGGAUCACUCUUAUUGGAUUUCCGGCUGAAAUGUACUUUUAUGGAACGCAGCUCUUUGCUGUUAAUUUUUCCAUCUUGAUUGGUUUCCUUCUCCUAAAUAUUUUCUAUCUUCCUGUGUUUUACCACCUGAAAUUUAAAUCUUUAUAUGAGUAUCUUGAGAGAAGAUUCCACAAAAGUGUUAGAGUUUUAGCAUCAGGAAUUUUCGCUUUUUCGUUGUUGCUUUAUAUACCUGUAGUGAUAUAUGUCCCUGCUCUUGCAUUUAACCAAGUGACCGGGAUGCCGCUCUACUUAUUGGCCACAGUAAUUUGCGCCAUAUGCAUCGUUUACACUUCUUUGGGCGGUUUGAAAGCAGUUGUCUGGUCUGAUGCAUUGCAGAGUAUUUUCACUUUCGCAGCGAUGAUUGCAGUCAUCAUUUUAGGCUGUGCGAGUAUUGGUGGUAUUUCGAAAAUGAUAGAAAUAAAUAGAGAAGGUGAAAGGCUGGAGAUUUUUAAUUUCGAUCCGGAUCCUUAUAAGAUGUACACAUUUUGGACUGUUACUUUUGGACUGCUACCCAUUCAGACGAAUUUUUGCGCAACUCAUCCAGCAGCCAUUCAGAGAUACAUAUCGCUGCCCACCUUUCGGCAAGCAAGGAUAGUUACUAUUGCUAUGUUUGUCGGAAUCGUUUUGUUCAAGACCUUUAGCACGUGGAUGGGUCUUAUCAUAUACGCCAAGUACCAUGACUGUGACCCGAUAAUGUCGGAUCACAUUAAGAAACCUGGACAAUUGUUGCCUUACUUCGUCAUGGAUGUGGCCAGCGAAUACCCAGGGCUUGCGGGGAUCUUCCUAUCCGGCGUUGUCAGUACAGGUUUAAGUACCAUGUCAGCAGGGCUGAAUACGGUGGCUGGAACUUUAUAUGAAGAUUUCGUGAGACCACUCUUGCCUCGGAGGUUAACAGACAAACAGACUAAUCUAAUGUUAAAAAUAAUUGUGGUGAUCAUUGGUGCAAUAUCUGUUUUAUUAAUUUAUGUGGUAGAAAAAUUUGGAACAAUAAUGCAGAUUGUCAACAAUCUGCAAGGUAUAACUGGAGGAGUACUUCUUUUCUUAUUCAGCUUCGGUAUUUUUAUUCCAUGGGGAAACACAAAGGGAGUGACAGCAGGUGCGAUAGCAGGCUUGCUCACAACAUGUUCCUUGACUAUCGGGACUUACAUAUACUCACAAAGUGGUGAAAUCAAGUUUGGAAAAAAAGUCACCUCUAUCCAAAACUGCCCAGCUAAUUCUUCUAUACCGCUGGGAUUAAAUUCCACAUCUUUCGGUUACCCUGGAGUGGGAACUAGGACCUUCUUCUCAGAUACUGUGCCUGCGAUCUACAGGGUGUCCUUCUUGUACAACAGCCUCAUCGGAAUGGUGGUGUCUUUCACUGUAGCAUGUGCCGUGAGCUUUGCCACCGGCUGCCAGGAUGUCUCGGAGCUGGAACCAGAACUUGUCAUACCCCAGCUGAGGUCCUUCAUCCUCAAGAAGAAGGCCCCGAUUGAGCUGCGGCAGCGGUAUUCCCCCGUUCCAACAUCUGAAAAAGCUGCAAGCGAUCUCCAAAAAGAUACACAAAACAUCCCUCAAUGCUAGCUGCCGUGUAAUGAUAGUUUUUGUUGACGGUUUUUAAAUAAAUUAAUAAGUAAAGAAAUAUUAC